AUGACUUCUUCCCUCGACCAAUUGAAGGCCACUGGCACCACCGUCGUCUGCGACUCUGGUGACUUUGCGACCAUCGACAAGUACAAGCCCCAGGAUGCCACCACCAACCCCUCCCUGAUUCUCGCGGCCUCCAAGAAGCCCGAGUACGAGAAGCUGAUCGAUGCCGCCGUUGCGUGGGGCAAGAAGCACGGCGACAACAUCGAGGACCAGGUCGAUGCCACACUCGACAACCUCCUCGUCCAGUUCGGCAAGGAGAUCCUGAACGUGGUCCCCGGCAAGGUUUCCACCGAGGUGGACGCCCGCUUCUCCUUCGACACAAAGGCCUCCGUCAACAAGGCCCUGCGCAUCAUCGACCUGUACAAGGAGCAGGGCAUCGGCAAGGAGCGCGUUCUGAUCAAGAUUGCCUCCACAUGGGAGGGCAUCAAGGCCGCCGAGAUCCUCCAGAGGGACCACGGUAUCAACACCAACCUGACCCUCAUGUUCUCUCUCGUCCAGGCCAUCGCCGCUGCUGAGGCAAACGCCUUCCUCAUCUCCCCCUUCGUUGGCCGCAUCCUUGACUGGUACAAGGCUUCCACCAAGAAGGAGUACACCAAGGAGGAGGACCCCGGUGUCCAGUCCGUCGGCAGCAUCUUCAACUACUACAAGAAGUACGGCUACAAGACCAUUGUCAUGGGUGCUUCUUUCCGAUCCGUCGGCGAGGUCACCGAGCUUGCUGGCUGCGACUACCUCACCAUUGCUCCCAACCUCCUCGAGCAGCUCUACAACUCCACCGAGCCGGUCCCCAAGAAGCUCGACGCCUCCAACGCCAGCUCGCUUGACAUUGAGAAGAAGAGCUACAUCAACGACGAGGCUGCCUUCCGCUUCUACUUCAACGAGGACCAGAUGGCCGUUGAGAAGCUCCGCGAGGGUAUCUCGAAAUUCGCUGCUGAUGCCGUCACCCUCAAGGACAUCCUCCGCAAGAAGAUCGAGGCAUAG